UCUAAACCGAACUUAGAAAAUAAAAUAUUGGUAUUUGUUAUUAACAAGAAUGUACAUGCAGGUAACGAGUCUAUCAUGUUUUGUGUUAAUUUUAGCAUUGGAUGUCAAAGGGGAAAUAAGCCAGAAAGAUUUUGUAGUUCUGCAAUCCAAAAAGGUGACAAACGUACAAUCAACGGUCUUUUCACGGUCACGUUUGUUCUGUGCUAAAUCGUGUUUGAAUGGAGGUAACUGUUCGUCGGCAUCAUAUAAUUCCAGCAAUAACGAGUGUCUCUUCAGCACUGAUGGACUGAUUGACAUUAUAAAUGUUAACGACAACAACAUGGCCACCAUAUUGAUGAAAGGAGAACCUAGGAACGACCACUUUGGAACGUCUUUCUUUACUGGCUUCAUGUGCAACGGUGAAUCUAAUUUAGGAACUCCGUACCUGUUAAUAGUACCGUCCGUUCCCGAACCGACCAAUGUAUUUGUAACUAUACCAUUCCUGGAUAUAUACCAAGAACAACACAUCCUCAACAAUUUUCUCUAUCUUCAAUACCCUACAAGUCUGUUGUCGGAGCAGACCACUGUUGUUUCGUAUAAGGGUGUCGAAGUCGUAUCUGAUCAUCCUAUUGCUCUUUUUUCUAUAAACUACUACAACUAUUCUAUCGGUGGCACGUUGGAAAUGCCAAAAGAGAAAUGGGGUCAGAAAUUUAUAGUGGGCUCUCACAAUUCUACUAUGGCGGGAACAGGGCAGAUUCUUGUUAUUGCUGCAGAUAACAACACAAACGCCAUUUUAGAUUUUCCUUCUGGCUUGUCACUGGCGGUUGCACUGAACAGAUAUGAAACCUACCAGUUCCAGGCAAAUCUGUAUGAGCCAAUUGCUGGAACGAUUGUAUCUGCAAACAAACCAGUGGUUGUUCAAGCUGGGCACCUUUGUGCUAAUAUUCCCGAUCAUGAUGCAGUCUUCUGUGAUGUCAUUAUUGAAAAUAUGCCACCUUUAAACACACUUGGUUAUGUGUUCGUAGUACCUUACCAGAGAACAAGAGCUAUGUACACAAUUAACAUCGCUUCACCAUACAAUGGUACCUCUGUGGACAUAUGGGACAUUAAUGGAAAUCCAGUGGAAACUAUUAUAAUGGACAGUCAAGAUUCGAUAUUUCGGAGCUUCUAUGCAUCUGAGAUAUUCUCAAUUACAUCGUCAGAAAACAUUUUAGUCACACAGUAUGGUCACGGUUCAAGUAACAUUUAUGGAGAUCCUUCGCUUACAGUUAUUCCAGCUCUCACACAGUUUAUAAACAGAUGUAGCUUUCAGGUCCCCGAUAUGUUUUUAGAUCCGAGUGUUGUUUCUAUCGUUAUUGAUUCUGCCUCCGAUGUAUCGGGACUUAAGUUAAAUGGAUCUCCGAUUGUCGUAGCUGAAUCUGCUAACGUCAUUAUUCCAGGAGUAGGGUCAUUUAACGUCAUCUAUAUCGAUGUCACUAGUAACGUAGUGUACUCUCUCUUUCAUGACGCAAAACACGUCACGUUUGGAGCGAUUUUGUAUGCAAGAAACGAUGUAGGAGAAUAUACUACUGUUCUUUGAAAGCAAACGCUCCUAAUCUAAUAAUUGCAUAAGCAAUAAAUUUGUUUAAUUAAAUUAAAUCAUAAAAUUAUCAUUAUAACAUUAUUUGGUAUUCUGUAGUCUUUUAAUUUACUUUAACUACAAAAGUACAUGUAUAAUUGCUAUGUUUGUAGUAUGCAACAGUUAUUGUACAGAUGUGUUUGCUAUUUUUAGUUGAAUAUGCAGGCCUAUGCAAUAUUUCUUAUGUACCAAUUAUUUCUUUAUAUUUUUGUUAACAUUAUUUAAAUGUAAAAACCUUAUGAAAUAUUAGAGAUAUAUGUAAUUCAUUAAAUUGUUCUUUUGUAUGGAAUAGAGUGGUACAUUUUAUGUAGAAUAAAUUGAAAGAGAUAUUUUAAAGAUGAAAUUAUUUAGACAGCGUGUUUUUUACACAUGAUAGACAAGCCGGUGGUAACUAUGAUAAUCAGUUGGUUGACAACUCUUCAGUAUAAAGUAAAGUUAAUGACAGAUUAAAAAAGUAUUCAUUUUCAAAUGAGUGGUAUCCAUUUUAGCUCCAUUAUUCAAGGAAUAAAGAAAGCUAUUGUUAUCGCUCGAUGUCAGCAUUGGCUUAAAAUUUUGGUUUAAUUUUUGCAAUUAAGUUGGUAUCUUUAAAAUAUGAUAAACUACUGAAAGCGAUGAAACAUCAAACACUUAUUUGAGUGCAUAAAAGGAGGUCACUAUACAAGGCUAAUAGCUCUUUAGUUGCUUGACAGAAUUAUGGCCCGUUUUGUCUAUCAAGCACUGAGAAUAGUCUAGCACGCUGUCCUACUGACAAUCUCCAUAACUGAAUAAUUACAAUAAAAGUAAUACAUGGCUGGUAGAUGUACAUCUACGUAUGGUACAUGUGCAUAUUAUCACAUAACUAGGUGUGAACCACAAACACCUCUAUUGACUGUAUAUUAAAAUACA